UCCACCUAGUUAGUAGUUACCUACCUUCAACUCCAAUAUUUACUUCCUUUUCUUUCUUCUCCUCUCCACCCCCACUCUUACUAUCAGACGCUUUUGUCCUGAGAGACAAGAAGACUCCCAAGAAGCCAAUGUAGGAGGACUAAGGAAUCUGGCGAUAUCAUGUAUAAGAACCAGCUGCAGGAGCUUGCACAGAGAAGCUGUUUCAACCUCCCUUCCUAUGCGUGCAUCAGACAAGGACCAGAUCAUGCACCCAGAUUCAAAGCUUCUGUCAACUUCAACGGUGAGAUCUUUGAAAGCCCAAACUACUGCACCACAUUGAGACAAGCAGAGCACGCAGCUGCAGAAGUAGCCCUCAAUAAACUCUCCACAAGAGGCCCUUCCAGGUCUCUCACUGCUAGAGUUCUUGAUGAAACUGGAAUUUACAAAAACCUCCUUCAAGAAACCGCUCACAGAGCUGGGCUGAAGCUCCCUGUGUACACCACUGUAAGAUCAGGUCCUGGCCAUGUCCCAGUUUUCACUUGUACUGUAGAGCUUGCUGGCAUGAGUUUUACAGGUGAGGCAGCCAAAACCAAGAAGCAAGCCGAGAAGAAUGCUGCAAUUGCAGCAUGGUCUGCCUUGAAAAGAAGCUUGGGGCCAUUGACAGCUAAAGAAGCAGAAGAACAGGACCAGGCAGUUGUGACAGGGGUGCUCUCAAAUUUUAGACCCAAAGAUGAUCACAAUAGCAAACAAUUUAUAAGGAGGAGAGAUCAAAUUCAAGCAAGGAGAAGAAUGGUCAGGGGCCAAUGCCACAGAGACAAUACUAUUGCCUCUACAUCAUCAUCAUCAUCAUCAUCAUCUCCAUCAUCAUUAUCCUCCACAUCCAGUGCUGCUAACUCUCUACAGAAUCAACACUGGAGGCUGAUAGAUCUGUUAACAGAUUUGGUUCCAGAAGUUUCAAAGCAGAAGCAAAACAGCUUUGCAUCUCUGCUUCCUCCACCCCCACCAAGAACAGCCUCAAAGAUUUUGCCACCAACUACACUGCUCAGCAAAGACAAUUCCUCUUCCUACACAUUAACCAAUUCCAAUUAUAGGCCUAUCCCAGUAGUACAAGUUAAUGUGAGGAGGGGAUCACAAGUUAUUCCACCUCCAUUGGAAGACCACCAAAGGGAUGAGGAAGAAUGGCUUGGUACCGGAAAAUCAGAUAUCAUUAUUAGUAACAACAACAAGGCCAUUGAAAAGGAGGGUCCUAGUAAUUCAAAUUCAAGUUCUGCAUACAGGCAAUUUCCUGUGUCUAAUACAGGAAGGCAAUUUCCAUUAGGUCCAAUUAAGGCAUUGCCUACAAGUAGCCACAUGAUGGACAGAGCCAUGUACACUGGAGGGUUCAGCCCGCACAGGAUUGCCCCUGCAGUUCAAAUCAGAUCAGUGAUCCCAGUUUGUGCAGCACCACCAGCACCACAAUCAAACCCAUCAAGAAUGAUGUCAAUGAAAGACACUUCACAGGCAGGCUUAAGUGCUUCUUCUUCUUCUACAAAUUCAGUGGCCAUGCAACCAGGAACAGAGUUCUCCUCAUCAGCCAGCUCAAAGUUCAACAUGCCCGAGUCAAGCUCAACUCAGCUGGGUUCUGAGUUCAACAAGCUACAGUUAGGAGGAGGAAAAAACAAAACCCAUGAUUUUUGUGUCGUGGUGGAAUCUUGUAAAAGAUGAUGGAAUCUCAAGUACUUUUCACCUUGGCAUGGCAUGUAUUAAAUUACUGCUUCUUCCCACUGCCCAGAGAGAGAGAGAGAGAGAUGUAGAGAUGUAGAGAUGUAGAGAGAGCAGCAAAGCAAUAAAUGAGAUAUGGGAGAGUGGUUGCAGAGGAUAAGAGGGGAGAGAGAGAGAAGUUGGGGGGCAGAUGAGGGUAGCAAUGAAGGAGCCUGAAGAGGGCCAACAGACACUUGUAGCGAUUAAUGCAAGCAAUUAAUUUACCCUCAGAAAUAUUUAAUGCUUCUGUCUUCGCCAUUAAUGCUCUCCUUCCUAUCUCUCAACGAAGACAGAGAAAGAAAGAGAGAUAUAAUAGGCAGACAGCUUUUCUUCAGCUUAUCUUCUUCCUUCUGUUUAUUUAAUAGCUAGCGAGCGCCAAUUGGGAGACUUUUGAUACUUGGUUGGAGGAGGUUAUUGUAUAAUAUUUUGAAUGAAUGAAUGAAUGAGAAAGAAAGUAGCCGUUGUGUUGUGUUGAUA